AUGAAGUUCUCUCCCGUCAUCUUUGCCGUUGCCCAGGUGGCAUCCGCCCACUACUUCUUCGACACGGUGGUCCAAGAUGGUGCCGCCGGGAAGUCUUUCCAGUACAUCCGAGACUUUACCCGUGCCACCAAGUACAACCCGAUCAAAUUCUCAAAUAACCCGGCUGUUGACAUUCGCGACGGGUCUUACAUUGACGGCCCCGAUAGCAGAUGCAACCAGGGAGCUUUCACCAACGCCGCCAAGACGCAGGUACUCGACGUCACUGCGGGAAGCGACGUUACGGUGAAGCUUGGCGUGGGCGCUACCAUGCAGCACCCUGGACCCGCCCUUUACUACAUGUCAAAAGCCCCAGAUGGCAGUGUCAAGGACUACGAUGGCUCAGGUGACUGGUUCAAGAUUGGCGAGACGGGCGUUUGCACCCAGAGUGGCGACUUCACCAAAGAUGCUUGGUGCACUUGGGACAAGAACACUCUCACCGCUACCAUUCCCAAGGACACGCCCUCCGGCGAGUACCUCCUGCGCUUUGAGCACAUUGGUGUCCACAAGUCGUUUGACCACGAGCCUGAGCACUUCGUGUCUUGUGUCCAGGUCAAAAUCACAGGAGGCGGCAACGGCACUCCCAGCCCGCUGGUCAAGUUCCCUGGCGCUUACAAGUAUACGGACCCUUAUGUGAGCUUCAGCCUCUACAACGGAUACAAGGCUUUCCCGAUGCCUGGCCCUGCUGUUUGGACCGGUGGAUUGAACGAGGUCAACAGCACCUCUGCAAAUGAGGUGACGGUCCCU